CUAAACUGCAGCUUUCUAUUCUCCCUCGAUUCGCAACUUGUCUACCUCUUCUUGCUUUUUCACACUUCACUUGCUUCUCCUUCCGUAUAACUCAAUUUCCAACUUUUCAAGAGGCCAGCAUUUCCUUGCAUAUGGAUGCCCAAGGGAGGAACAAGGCGGUGUUUCGCGCCAAAUUGAUUGCACAGAAGAAGGAGAAACGCGUAGAUAAUCCCCUUAUCAAGUACAAUGAAUCUGACCAACCUGUCUGUCGGGUUUGUGAUGUUGUUUUGAAAUCCGUAUUCCACUGGGAUGCACACCAAGCUUCACGUAAACAUCAUGAGGCAAUUAAUACCUUGAAAGCUACUGCAGCUAGGCGUACUCACGCUAGCAAUACACAAUCUGAGCUGCUUCAAGGGUUUUUUCUAUAAUCAUGAGGCGGGGAAGCAAAAAACAGAGAUUGCAAAGACGGCAGAUCUAAUUCAAACAAAAAGCUUGGAAUUUCAGCCCAAACUCAUGCAAAGGAGUCUCUAUAUACAGAGACCGAGGAUGAUGGUUCUCCUCAAAAUAGUGCCAUUCAAACAAAGGCGACUCAGAUUCCUGAUUCAAGACAGGUCACUCAGUUAGAAACCAAGAAAGUGAAAGGAUCUCUUCCUGAUGACUUCUUUGAUAAGGAUGAAAUCAAGUUGCCUUUGGAUGUCAUGAAGCUAUCCAGGGAGAAUAAACAGGCAGCAAAGCAGGCUAGUGCUCCAGAAACUAGAACCAUGCAAUUGAAAGGAUCUCUUCCUGAUGACUUUUUUGAUAAGGAUGAUGCCAAGUUACCUAUGAAUGUUAUGAAGCCUCCUAGGGAGAAUGAACAUGCAUCAGAGCAGGGAAAUGCUCUGGAAACCAAUCAAGUAAAGGGAGUUCUUCCUGAAGGAUUCUUUGACAAUAAGGAAGCUGAAUUAUGUGCUCGUGGCAUUAAGCCUGUUAAGAUAGAUGUCAAAGAUGAGUACAAGGAAUUUGAAAAGUUGAUUCAAGAAGAUUUGCAAGUGGUGGACAAUCGUAUGGAAGAAGAAGAGAUUGAUGCAGCUGAAAUGAUCGAAGAGGCUGAAUCUUUGGAGCAAAAGGUUUACAAGCAGAAAGUCGAAAUGUUAUGGAAGAGGAAACUGGAAUUGGACUCCACUAGAUCGAAUAAACGUUGCAAGGGGAAGGAAGCUGAUAGACAGGAAUCUGACAGUGAAGAUUCAUCUAGUGACGGUGACAGUGAUGAGAACUUUGCAGUUGAUUGGAGAGCUCAACAUCUAUGAAGUCUACUGCAAAUAUUGAAUUUGUUCUCCUUGGAACUAUUUUAGCAGUGAGAUGAAGAGACAAAAUCCAAAUGCAUUCUGUUCAAUUUUGCAAGAUGCAAAGCAAUUGAACCCUAGUCGUUUCGGCUAAAUAUAAUCUUUCAACCAAGUGACAGUAGCAUCCGUGCCAUUUGUAUAUAAGAUGGGUGAUUAGGUUGUGAAAAGUUUAUCGAGUAAUGGCUAAUCUGUUCAUUGACGACUUCUAGUUUAAGCUUGGUUUACAUGUGUUUAUGGAUUGGAGAAUUUCUAUUCUGAAUCUCAGUUUUGUAUCGAGUAAUGUAAUUCUGUUGCAGGCUU